AAACGCCUUUCUCCCGUGGAUUUGCUCUCGAGGUCUUUAUCUGCUUUCAUUCCUUGAGAGCCCCGCUUCUUCCAGUUCUGUCCUUUUGGUCUAGCGGUUGACCCUAUUUUCUCCCCCAAAAAACCAAGAAAUUGCCCACAAUGAACUCACGUCCGCACAAACAAUCCAUGUCCGAGCUCAAGCUUCGACGUCUGUUGGAACACAACCAGCGACUGAGGGAGGAUUUGGCUCGCCCCAGGGUCAAGGUCAGCGAAGCUAGCGCCAGCCUUAUCCGCUAUUGCAAGCAGACGAAGGACCAUCUUGUUCCAUCUGUCUGGGGUCCUGUAGGAAAAGCAGACGAUCCGUACGCGCCUCCGGCUCAAGGUUGCAACUGCCUUGUAAUGUAAAUCCGACACACCAACCAGUUCCGUCCACCGACUAGACCCGCGCCAAGCUCUUGCGACAUCCCGAUGCUUUCAACGGGAUAAUAGUCCUGAAGAUGCUACUUUUAUUCAGUGUUUAUUGCGUUACGAAGGACGCGUGUUGUACAGCAAGAUUGGAACUUUCCUCGAUUCCAUAUACCUCCCCCUCUCUGAUACCUGCCAUCGUCAUCGGACAACACUCGUUACACCUUACACCUCAUUCACCACCGGCACCUCCAUAUCGUCUAUUCUUACUCUAUAUACAGGGAACAUGCACUCAAUUAUGUGUUAACAUUAUAACCGCCGCUUCGAAUAGUUUCUUUUUUAUUGGCACUCGUCCUUUCCCUUCCUUCCCCGAUACUUUCUUUUCCGUUUCUCUAGACCUCACAAGGGCUCUGCGAUGUAGCUGGCGAAAUACAUUCACUACGUCGUGCAAUGCAA